AUGUCAUUCUUAUCUAUUUAUUCAAAUCAAAAUGAUGCAUGUCUAUUAUUAAAUCGAUGUUUUGAACAAUUUGCUAUGUUAUCUAUUUCAAAGCAAUUCAACUCUAUUAAAUCAGUCUAUUUGACAUUAGUUGAUGUUCGUCUUGCUGAAACAGAAUUUCAAACACACGUAUUUUAUAAAGUACAUGAAAAAUUACCAGAACAUAAAAAAUAUAUAAAUUUUCUACAAAAUACUAAAAGAGAUUUACAAGUUUAUAUUGAUGACAUACCUAUUAUAUAUCAUUAUACAGAUUUUGCUAUGCAACUUCAAAAUCCAAAAAAUAAUAGUAAAAUAUUUUCUUCAUUAUUAUUAAAUCGAUUAUUGAAUUCGAUUGAUCUACUCAAUAUAACAACAUUGAUUUAUGAUUUAAGUCGAUUUUAUAUACUUCUACAUCAAACAUUUACUCAACUUAUCAGUAUACAAACAUUUGAAAUAAUAACAUUAGCUGAAUUUUUAACUAUUGGUAAAAAACAAUUUAGACAAAAUGAAAAUUUUUAUGAUAAUAUUGUACAGAAAGGUAUUGAAGCUAUUAAUCGAUAUCAUACAUUUACAAAUGGUUAUAUUCAACCUGGACGAUGUAAUUUAACACAACAAUUUCAAUCUAUUACAAUUGAUACACUAUUAACUUAUUUAAUGACAACACAAAACAGUGAUGAAAGCGAUAUUAUAAUGCGUAUAAUUAUUGUUCUUGUGAAUUAUCAUAAUGAUUUACUAAAUAUAUUGGAAACAGAUAUAGACGAAAUUUAG